AUGUUGUGGUCUUCGUAUUUUAUUACCAUUUUGGUAACCACAUUGUUACCGUUCACUGCUACAAUGAAGGUCAAGAGCAGUUUGUUAACAAACGAAGCUUUCAGCUGGGCUGAAUUGACGGCAUCAAGAAUGAUUACCUGUCAAUAUGACAGCACUUCAGGAUUGUGGAAGAAUGAACUGAGAUGGCAAUCGGGAAAUACAUUAGAAACAUUAGCAAACUUUGUAUCUCUAAUGGAUUCACCAUUAAGAUCUGUCUUUCAUCAAACAUAUAUGAAUACAGAUAUGUUUGUUGGUGGCGAUUGUUUUGAUGAUUAUCAAUGGUGGUUACUAGGUUGGCUACAAGUAUAUAGUGUUGAGCCGAAUCUAGACUAUUUGUAUCGAGCUGCCGAUAUCUAUGACUUUGUCACUGUCAACGCAUGGAAUGACACUAUAUGUCGUGGAGGUAUUCAAUGGUGUCCAAAGAAUGCUUAUAAAAACGCAAUUACUAAUGAAUUGUUUCUGGUAAGUAGUAUGCGUUUGCAUCCGUAUGCAUCAUUACUUGCUCGACCUCCAACAUAUUUUCUUGACUGGGCUCUAAAAGAAUGGCAAUGGUUUGAAGCAAGUGGACUGAUCAAUGGUUAUAAUUUGAUUAAUGAUGGAUUGAGUUCAACCACAGAAACGAUCAGCACAUCGCAUAAAGGAAAUGUGAACCAUUUUCAAGAUGCUUCAUGCGUCAAUAACAAUGGAACCACUUGGACUUACAAUCAGGGUGUUAUCUUAACAGGUUUAGCACUACUGUACAAUUCAACAGGCAACGCCACUCUACUUGAUAUUGCACAAAAGAUAGCUGAUGCUACCAUACAACGGCUGACCUACUCAGACUUAAUAUUAAAAGAACCAUGUGAACCAAAUUGUGACACUGAUCAACAACUGUUCAAAGGCAUAUUUGUCCGUCAUUUAGCCUAUUUAAUACCAUACCUUACGGAUGCAGCUCAUAUACAACAGUAUAAAUCAUUCUUAGAACAAAACGCCGAAUCUGUUUGGACAUCAAGACAAUGUGAACGUGACGGAUUGUAUAGUUUGAUUUGGAGCAAUCAGUCAUCUGCUAGCUGCAAUACAUCACACAAUUCAUCAACAACAUCAGCGGCAUGGGAUCUAUUCGUAUCAUCUGCGAAAACGAAAUCACUGUCAAUCAAAUCACCAUCGAAUUGGACGUAUCUGGGUCUAGGCAACUGUGCGGAUGAUAAGAAUGCUAGUAUGCCAAACUUUAACAAAAUGAAUGUCACAAAAAUUGAAUGUCGUACAACAGCAGAACAAGACACUGGUGCCGUUGCAUAUGAUCAUCAAUUUGGCUGUAAUGGCAUUCAAUAUUGUCGCAUACGAACUUCGUCUGAUCCGCAUCAAACACCUCAAGGAUGGAGUUAUGAAAAUGGUACUGCCAAAACUGUCACACGGUCGAAUAAAUUUCCGGUGACAAGUUGUUUUUUAAGAGUAGUCUAG